UGAACGAAACCAAACGUACUGGCACGUGAUUUCACCAGGAAACAGCUGCAAGGUUUAUUUCAUUUUAGUGGUUUGUACUCAGACUCUUUGCUGUACUGCUAGGCACCGCCGUAGCUUACGAAACAGGAUAAAUGUAUUCCCCGGUGGAUAAGUCUGAUAAAACUUCGUUGAAUGCCAUGUCGACUCCAGCACAGGAUUUCAGAGGGAAUGAUGGCUCAUUGGUGUCCGCUUUGAAGACUCUGCUGUUUUUUACAGUCCUCAUGAUCACACUGCCAAUAGGGUUGUACUUUGCAUCCAAAACCUAUGUUUUUGAAGCUUCGAUGGGAAUGUCCAGCAAUGACAGCUACUUUUACGGGGCCAUCGUGGCCGUAGUGGCUGUGCAUUUUGUGUUGGCCCUCUUCGUAUAUGUGGCAUGGAACGAGGGCUCACGGCAGUGGAGAGAGGGCAAACAGGACUAGCAGACUGUCUGUUGGUUUCCCGGGCGACGGCCCCGGACAAGAACGCUGGAAGGCGAGCUACAUCAACAAUGUGGCAGAACGCGUAACCGAACCCUCUUCGAUGUCUAGUGAGGCUGUCAUUUAAAGGGGCACAAAGAGGCUUAGCGCUAAUCGGAACAACUCGGGGAGGCUUUAGGCAUUCGGUUUACCUAUAAUUCAAUUUUGUCAUCAAUGAAAUCCAAACACCAUCAAAAUUCUGUGCUUCUCCUGAUGAGAAAUUUCUACUGAUUUUGGUCUAAAGCUCAUAUGAGUUGUCUGACUGCAAUUGGUAAUGGUAUGGAUGGUACCAUUUAAGUUGAUAGUGGCUAGUCAUUCCUAAUGUUUUUAUUAGUGAGUGAUUUGUGUUUAAGUGAUGUAACUGUUUCCGCCAUUCUCGUGUUUUUCCAGAUGUUCCAUGCAAAGUCUUUUUUUGAGCAAUUAAAGAUAGUAUUUUAAAUUCA